CCCUCUCCGUGCCACUGCAGUGCGAGCCUUCCCACGGUGCGAUGAGUUACAGCCUGGACACCAUGCUCAGCGCCAGCUCUUACCGCAGGGCGCUUGGGGCAGACCCGGCCCGCUCGGCCCCCUCCCGCUCCCUGGCCAGCAGCAGCGGCUUCUACUCGCACAGCUGGACCCGCAGCGUCGGCUCGGUGCCGGCGUCGAAGCGGUCGGCGGUCGGCCUCGGCUCGCAGGUGACCGUCUCGAGCGAGAGCCUGGGCGAGGCGGCGCUCCUGAACGGCGAGGCCAGGGCGCGCAACGAGAAGGAGACGCUGCAGGCCCUGAACGACCGCUUCGCCACCUACAUCGACAAGGUGAGGAGCCUGGAGCUCCAGAACAAGAACCUGGAGGCCGAGGCGGCGUCGCUGAGGCAGCAGCAGGCGGGUCGCUCGGCGAUCGGAGAGCUGUACGAGCGGGAAAUCCGGGACCUGCGCACCCUGCUGGUACAGGUCAGCAAUGACAAGGCUCAGCUCCAACUCGAGCAGGAGCACCUAGACGAGGACAUCCAGCACAUCCGCCAGAGGCACGACGACGAGAGCCGCCUGCGGGAGGAGAUCGACGCCAGCAUCCGCUCGCUGGCCAAGUGCGCCGAGGACGCCGGCCUGCUGAAGCUCGACCUGGGCAAGAGGCUGCAGUUCCUCAGCGACGAGGCGUCCGCCCUGAGGGCCGGCCACCAGGACGAGGUGAGGGACCUGCUGAGUCAGAUCCAGGGCUCGCAGGUCACCCUGGAGGUCAGGGACUCCCUCAAGUCGGACAUCACCGCCGCCCUGCGGGAGAUCCGGGCUCAGAUGGAAGGCCACGCCGUCAACACCACCAGCCAGACCGAGGAGGUCUUCAGGGUCAAGCUGGAAAAGCUGAACCAGGCCGCCAAGGUCAACACGGACGCCAUCCACGCAGCGCAGGACGAAAUCUUAGAGUAUCGCAGACAUCUGCAGUCCAAGAACACCGAGUUGGAGACCCUCAAAGGAACUAAAGACUCCCUGGAGAGGCAAAUGUAUGAGAUGGAGGACAGGCACAAUGCAGAUCUCUCCAGUUACCAGGAAGCGGCUCAGCAGCUGGAAAACGAAUUGAGGAACAUAAAAUGGGAAAUGGCUGCGCAACUCAGGGAGUACCAAGAUUUGCUCAAUGUUAAAAUGGCUUUGGAUAUCGAAAUCGCAGCUUACAGGAAACUCCUCGAGGGUGAAGAAUCAAGGUUUAUCGGAACAUCUCCCUAUCCUUAUAUAGAUCAUAAAAUUCCUACAAUGCCAAACCAUAUUAAAACCAAGUCUGUAGAAAAGGUCAAGCCAGGGGACAAAGGCAAAGAUAUUGCAGAGGAACAAAUGGAUGAAAAGUCACCCACAACUGAAGAAAUGGAAAAGGCUGAAGAAGGAAAGGAAGAUGAGGAGGAAGCUUCAAAGGAUGAUGAAAAGGCAAAAGCCGAAGAAGCAGCAGAGGAAGUGCAUGAGAAAGCGGAGAAGAGUGACCAAGAAAUAAAAUCUGAUGAAGAAGCUGUGGAGGAGGAAGACACAAAGCCUGAAGAAGUUGAAGAAGAUAAAACAAAAACAACUGUAAUUGAGAAGGAAAAAACAGUAGAUGAAAAGGAGCACCCAAGGGAAAAGCAAGAAGCAGAUUCUACCAAAGAUCAAAAAGAACCAGUGGAUGAAAUCAAACCAGUUGAACCUACGUCAAAAGUUAAAGAAGAUGAGGAGAAAGAUAAAACAGAAGAGGAGAUAGAACCUAAAGAAACAUCAAAAGUAGACGAGGAAAAAGAGGCUGAGGAACCCUCUAAACCAGAUGAAGAUGAAAAAGAAUCAAAAGCAAAGCCCAAGGAUGAAGAAAAGAAAGAGUUAAAGCCAGAAUCCAAAGCUGAGGAAAAGAAAGAGAUAAAGCCAGAACCCAAAGCUGAGGAAAAGAAAGAGAUAAAGCCAGAACCCAAAGCUGAGGAAAAGAAAGAGCCAAAACCAGAACCCAAAGCUGAGGAAAAGAAAGAGACAAAGCCAGAACCCAAAGCUGAGGAAAAGAAAGAGAUAAAGCCAGAACCCAAAGCUGAGGAAAAGAAAGAGAUAAAGCCAGAACCCAAAGCUGAGGAAAAGAAAGAGAUAAAGCCAGAACCCAAAGCUGAGGAAAAGAAAGAGACAAAGCCAGAACCCAAAGCUGAGGAAAAGAAAGAGACAAAGCCAGAACCCAAAGCUGAGGAAAAGAAAGAGACAAAGCCAGAACCCAAAGCUGAGGAAAAGAAAGAGAUAAAGCCAGAACCCAAAGCUGAGGAAAAGAAAGAGAUAAAGCCAGAACCCAAAGCUGAGGAAAAGAAAGAGAUAAAGCCAAAACCCAAAGCUGAGGAAAAGAAAGAGAUAAAGCCAGAACCCAAAGCUGAGGAAAAGAAAGAGAUAAAGCCAGAACCCAAAGCUGAGGAAAAGAAAGAGCCAAAACCAGAACCCAAAGCUGAGGAAAAGAAAGAGACAAAGCCAGAGCCUAAAGCUGAAGCUAAAGAAAAGAAAGGCUCUGGUACAGAAGAUCCUACGCCUCAAGCAAAAAUUGAAAAAACAGAACCAUCAAAAGAAGAAUCAAAGAAAAGUGCAAAAGUAGAACCAACUACACCAGAUCCCACAACAAAGGUAAAGGAAGCUGAGAAAACAGUAGAAGCUAAAGACAAAGUAACAGAUCAAAGUAAAGAGAGUAAAAAAGAAACAAAGGAUGAAGUAACAGAAACAGUGAAAAAAACAGAAGAAAAGAAGUCUGUCCCAGAAUCAACUGACAUCCAAAAAGACAAAGAAACAGAAAAAGAACAAAUUAGUAAGGAAUUUAUAAAGGCAAAAAUAUCUGAAGUUAAGGAACAAACACAAGUUAAAGAUGACAAAGAGGGAAAGUCAGAGAAGCCUUUCAGUACUAAAGAGGAGACAAAAACAACAGACAAAACUAAAAAAGCAGAGGAAUAGAAGGCGGAAAGAUUGUAUUGUGGAGAGAAAAGAAUUACCAAAGAACACUGGCUCAUGGAACAAAAGAGAAUAAUGUGGAAAAGUGGUUAUGAUGAUAUUGUAUCCUGUUGUGACGCAAGGGUCUGACAAGCAAUAGGUACUCACAAAAGAGGCAUCAAAUGCAUUAUGGUAACUUAUAGAGCAGAAUGUGAUGUAUGCAGAAUGCUAAGCACUUGCACUCGGAGUGUGAAUCAUUAGCCUGCCUCAGUAAUAAGUGCAUUUAACAUGACUGAUCAUAUGAGGUAUAUCACCUAAAGAUAAAGCAUAUUUGCUGAUUUAUGUUAAUCAAAUAACACACCAGUCAUGAAUUUAAGGAAUAAAAAUUCCUCAAUCUGAAAUGUGCACCAAAUAACUAUCAAUUAUCACAAUGUGCAAUAUAUAAAUAAAGAGCUUAACAGAUACAA